GCGUCAGCAGCGCACUACCAGAGCCAGCUAUCAGUGCUGAGCGCUGAGAACGAGCGCUUGCGCGGCCAACUGUCAUCACUGUCAGCGGGGCUCGAGGGCGAACAUGAAAGGAAGCUGGAUGACGUCGCGCAGCAGGUCGUCAGGGCGCUGCUGUCACAGAAGAGCAUUCGCGAAGAGUUGGGAUGCGCCCGCGCACGCGUCCGCGAGCUCGAGGCCCAGAACCGAGCCUUGAGCGCGCUUCUGGUGCGGCAGUUGCGGCCCCAGCCGCGGCCUUCACCUGCCACUCCUCACACGCCCAUCACGCCACAUACGCCGAGGGAUCUGCAAGUGCACCUAGUAGACGUGGGCUCCUGCGGGUCGCUGGUCUCGUUUCGGGACUCGCCGCCGCCGGCGCCGCCCGCGCCGCAUCCGCAUCCGCUCAGCCACGACGACAAGCGCCGCCACCAGAUACUGGCCGAUAUCUGGACGGAGCUCAAGGGGCUGGAAGUAACUCCGGCCAACCUGGCGCGCGCACUGUCAGCGGUGGACCCGACGCUGUGGGCGCCGCCCGCGCGUCCCGCUACCCUCAGUCUCAGCAUGCCGCAGCCCUGCACCGACGCUGUGUGCGGUGAGUCUUCUGAUAAAGUGACAGAAGAAGAAAAUGGCGAGGUGGGCGAGGCAGGAGCAGAAUCCCCUGAGAGCGGCGCCAAAGACGAAGGCUACUCCACCAUGUCCAGCGACGUGCAGGCCGACGCCUCGCGCCAGAGCGACCACGCUGCCGACCGAGCCCUACCUGACCUUAACGAAGCCUCCGACGAAACAGACAACCAGACCAUCGUCUCCAUAAACCCCAGGGAAUCCAGGCGACACGCCAGGCUACUAGCUGAAGCGGACUACAUCUACUUCCCCAUAGGAGUCGCCUUCGCAGGAGUCAGAGGCAGCUACCCACCCUCAAGACCGGUUCUUCCCUUCCAGCAUGUGGUCAGAAGCUUCUCCGACUCCCACCUCUGUCUCAAGCUCCUAGCCAGCACCACGUGUCCGACCAGCUGCCUCGACAGCCCCACCCCCAGUUCUGGGGUCCUUGUGUUAGAUCUGAAGCCUGCUCCCGAAAGACCUCUGAGAAGACCCGCGAUCGCUUCUACCACGAGCUCCGAACGAGUCUCGUGGGGAAGCACCGUCGAUGACAGAGCAGACGGCUCUCAAUACGACGCCGAUUACGUCCAGCAUUGGCUGGAACUAGACGACGCCAGAUCAGCGCUGCAGCAACGACAUAGAGAUUUAGCGGAUCUAGAAUAUGACCGAGCCGAAUUAGAAGAUUGGAGCUUAUCGCUAUCGUGCGAGGAUCUCAGAGACAGACAGUCUCCUUUCGCUGAAAUAACGACCCCCGGUCAGAUUUCGCUGUCGACGUUGCCCAGCAUCAGAGAGGAUGAUGCUUUAGAAUUGGAAGAGGACGUCGGCGACUGCUUGUGGAAUGAUUGUGGAUUUGCCACUAUAGAAAUUGAUGAGUGCAGAAUCGCUGACGAUACGGAUACGACUGAUAAGAGAUGGGAAUGUACUGGAACGCAUUCCCCUGGCGGUUCGUGGUCGAGCACUUCGGAUGUGCCAGAUAAAAGAUCCAGUACCGCACUGAGUGAGGACGGUGACUGCGCAAACGUGGGUCUCGAUUUCACCCGGGAUUUUUACCGUCUAGUGAAGUACGAAAGUACUAAAAGCUUAGCAUCGAAUUCCUCGAGAGGCUUGCCCGCGCAAGACGUUGGCAGUCACUUGCGAAUGCACGACGUGCAAGCAAUGGCGUUGCAGGAUCGCGAGCAGGCGCUACAAAACGUGCUCAAUUUUAUAGCGGAACAGCAAAAGUACUGCCGCGAUAGGGAAGAGUCAGACUCUGUGUCUUCGCGGCCCGUAUCCGAGAUACGAGAACUUCCACCACCUUAUGCAGCAGCAGACUUCGACGAUGACUCAGUCGGUCCUCGCAGUGAGGUCUCAGAGGACAGGCAGAGGCCUGACUCCUUCGGAAGUUUCUCAGAGAACGACUCCUGCGAUUUGUUAUCGAACGAUCGCCCAAGAAUCCCUUACUGUGAUACCGUGUCUGAACCGCGAUCGACGCCGCGGUUCAUCGAGCGCGAGGACCCAUACGCGGAGUCCGAAGACUACUACGACGAGUUCUCGCGAAUAGAAAACGCCGAAAACGAAAUAGACGAUCACCACCUCCUGAAAGUCCAGCGGAAGAACGAAAUAAAUAGGAGCAUCGAUAUAACUAAUUCUGGCGACGAGGAGCCGGCUUUAGCGCAGUCGAAGGACGACAGGGGUGAUAUGGAAUCUAGUCGAAGUUUGGACUUUUCGGCGUUGAAGGAGAACACUGUUAAUAUAAUGUUGAAUAAGGCUCCGGUCCAAGAAAGAGUGGAAUUGGACAGUUGUUUGAGCAAGUCUUCGAGCUUCACCUUCCCUAGUGGAGAACCGGAGAUAUCUCUCGUGGAGGAGGUCCUGAAUGCUUGCAGACGCAGCACGGGAGCCUUAGUUACCGUCCCAGAGGAAGAAGAGGGAUCGUCCCCCGAAACAAACUCCCCCCAAAUGACUGAAUCGAAUACGACAAGCACUUCUACAGCUGAAACUGUGAUAGUAAGUAAUAAGAGUGAGGUGACUUUUAAGGAUUUGAAGAGGAGUGACAAGAGUCGGAUUCCCACGUUGAUGGGGAAAAGGCCUCCUUCGUCCCCGAACAGGACGAGGUCUAAGAUACCCGUAGCGGAGAGAAGUCGGCCUCCCGCGCCGCCGCCUGAACCGAUCAUAGUGAAACAAGAGCACACGCUGAGCUUCCACGAGGCGGCCACUUCGAAGGAUGUCAUCGAGGAGCUCAACAGAAUGAUCCGCCAGAGCGAGGCUACGGGCGAAUCACGCGAGGAGCCGCCGACGCAGCGUGACGCAGCGCUAUGGGCGCCCACCGGCUGGGUGCACGUCGAGCGUGACAUCGACUUCAGCGACCCCAAGGCGCGCGCGAACCUCCUCGACGUGAUGCUAGCGUCGAGCGACUCGUCACCGUCGUCGUGCGGCUCGUCGCCGGCCGAGCCGCCGCCGCCGCCGCCCUACUCGCGUCUGCACCGCCUGCACCGCUCGCGGAGGCAGAAGACCGCGGCCGCGCUACGCAGCCGCGGGCUGGCCGUGCUGCGGUUCCCGCGCGCGCGCCGUCCGUCCAUCCUCGGCCGCGACGGCUUCUUCGUCCGCUACGGGGACCGCGAGCGCGCCGCCGUCGCCACCUUCGACUUCCUAGACGAAUUCUCCGGCGGCUCCUCACCGGACACCAAAGACUGUACCUAAUUAGCAAUAAACGCCGAAAUUAUAUUUUUCUAUGUAACCGACGUUGGCGUAACGGUUGAGGGAGAUUGCUAAGUGAUUCCGCUUCUUUUGAACAUUUUACGAUGUGGCGUGGUUUCUUUUAAGCUUCAACCACCACACCAACGCGUGCAGAUCGUCAAUUCGCCAUCGCCGGCGCGAAUGACAGGUCGCGCGGACUGUCAUGGGUCGCGCGACCUGUCAUUAGCCUAUGAUCGUUGACCGUCGUGUUGGUGUGGUUGAAGCAUUACGCGUUCGAGUAUUUUGCUGCUUUAUCGAAUUCGACAUUUCUCAGAAAUGGAAUCUGGAAUGGAAGUUGAGUAUGGAAUGUUACGCCAGCGGCGGCACCCUUGUGAUAGUCGGCGGAGCGUCUAGUGUUGUGCCGCUUCCGCGCCCGUUGUCGACGGCCAAAUAGUUUUAAACUUUCUCUAGAACUUUCCUGAAGUGUGAACAAUCUUCUUUAGUAAACAUUCCACCGUUGAAGAGGUGCUUUCUAUUGGCGCUAAAGAUAAAGAAGUCCAGUAUCGUUAUCAUCAAGAAAGGUUGUUUACACUUUACACUUUUGUAAGUGGUUCUUAGCGGAGGUUAACGUUUAGUGUAGUGCCCGGCUGCACUCUGCCAGGCUGCAGCUUUUCGACGUCGGCCGAGGCCUCAAGUCGCGUAGUGUCGUAGCUCUCACGUCAACGGGAUUUGCAUGGGUCAAUUUGUAAUGAAACCUGUAUAAAAUAUUUGAAAAGGACAGUUUUUUGAGUGAGUGUUUGUUUUUCGAUGCGGACUAUUUCGAUAAUUUUGGUUAUGAAUACGAUAUUGAUAUUGACUAUGAUGUGUACUUAACUGUUAACUGUAAGAAACGUAUCAAUGCCCGUGUAAAUCCUGAGUUAAUUAACGACGAAGCACAUAGAUAGACUUUCGAAUUCUCUGUAGAUUCUUGUUAGUAGUUGGGGAGACGGACACAAAUGGCACCGAUGCGUUUGUGCUGAGAAUCAAGAUGAGAUUUGGAUUUUGAAAUACAUGCUUGCGUCGGAGUGGUUUGCGCUUCCUUGCCUCCAUAUUCAGCCAGUGGCCACGGUGGUUACUUCCCGCGAUGUGUAGCUUGCUUCAAACAACACUGACUUAGGUAAGACGAAAUAACUAAUGACUAAGUAUGAAAGCUGCGGCCUCGAAGUAAUGUGAUAUUUUUGUAUAUACUGUAAGUCCCACUUAUUUUCAUAUACAUUUAAAUGGAUUACUUUCUAACCGAACGAAGCGUUACUGUUGGGUAAAGUGUGAAAAAGUUCUGUGUUUCAGAGUCUGUACACUAGGCGUGCCACGGGCGUGCGACCGAAUCUCAUUUUGCGUCCCUUUCACUUCUCAAACUAGCAAAGAGGACGGCACCAUUCUGUCACACGCCCAAAGCCACGAUCAUAAUUCGUAGGUACUUAUGUAAAUAUCGAUUACGAUUUACUUAUCGAGCUAGUAACUACUCUAUUAUUAAUAAAGAAUAGUCAACUAUAACAAUCGAUUAACAUUAUUAUGAAUCCAUAAAUCGAAGGGUACUAAAGUAUUUUAGGUGUAUAUAGAUAUUUUGACGUCAUUAAACUAUUUAUUGAUUUGUAUCAGUUGCGGAGUGUCGAUCAUUUGUGUAUACUUAGGUACAUAUCAUGAAUUGUAUUAUUUCGUAAGGCAACGAUCCUAUUGUUAGGUGUCGACGAAUGUGGCAGGGCUGUGUGGUGUAUGGAGUUUUAUUUAUGAAUCUGAUGUCAAUUUAGAUAUUUUAACGCUGUAAUUAUUUUUGUAAAUGUAAAUCAAUUUAUUGGCUAUCGAUAUCGAUGAUGGUCCCCUUACUAUUUAAAUUAAACAAUAUUGUGUAAUGUUAUAAUUAAGGUUGGUUUGUUAUUUUAAUUGGUGACUUGCAAUCGUGACACUUGUCACAAUCGUCGACCGCUUGUUUGCUUUCUUCUCUAUUUCCUUAGGUACGGUUAGAAACCAUCGCUGAAUUCUGUGUAUUUUAUUCUUACAUGUAGUUACUCUAACGGCACAACCAAAGCGAGGUAUGGAGAUAUUGCCACCACUUGUUACUCUGUGACACUUUUAGUUAAAAUAAUUUUAUCCCAGCUUGUUUGAAAUGGAAAAGUUGAAGACAAUAAAGGAAGAUUUAUACCUAUUUAUUAAUAUAACGAUGUGACGACUCGAUCGAUGUCUAAAAUGUUAAUACUUAGACUAAGCUCAUAGCGACGGUGAAUUGUAUUGGAAGUAAGUAAUAGAGACCCCCGUGUUCGGAUACACACCAGGAUAUUUUGAAUUUUAAUCGAAUUUAUCUGAAAACUUCACAUUACAUUUUAUUUCAAAUGUUAUUGUUUUGUCAAUCAAUUUUAAUUUUGUCUUCCAAUAUUUUGAUAUCCAUAAAGCAGAUCGCAAAUGCUUAACAAUUUAAUGUAUUUUUACUUAAUACAGCUGCUCAUAAGUUAGGUUUAUGUCAUUCCUCUGAAACGUUAGUGUAUCCGUCCAAAUUAUAAAUAACUUAUUUUUUGUUCAGUGUAACGAAUAACUUAGUUUUAAUAAACAAUAUAGUUCCAUUUUCAUGUCUAUAAUGCACCUACAAAUGGGAAUCUAAUUAUUAUAAUGAAUUAAUUCAUAUCGCGGUAUGUAUCCGGACAGAACACCUGUAAUAAUUAACUAUAUUAAUUAAUUGUAACGAAUAAUUUGAAAACAAUUGUUCUUUGGUAAUUAUAAUUUCGAAAAACUGUAACGUAUCUUAUGAUAUAUGCAAUUCGAAUCAUAUCUCUCAUUUGACAUAACUUAGAUGAUGUAUACUUUAAAGAUUCAACGAAUUGGCAUGUUAUUGUUUAUCAUCAAAUUCAUGAAGUUAUCUAAACAUAACUAUGUAUUCAUUAUAAAUAUUUGUAAGAUCCAAGUCGUACUGUGAUUGGUAACUACCGAUUCGGGGCAUAUGUUGAAACGUGAAUGAAACCCACCUCGGGUGCAUGUGUUAGUGCGUUCUUACCUAAGAGAUAGAGUAUUUGAGAUAGGUAGGUACUUUCAGCAGUACAAAAUGUGUAGAGUAACAGUAUAAUUUAAUUAUCUACUAUUACAGAUGGGUUCAAUAAACGAUUCCGUUCCCAAAUAAAAUAAAA